AUGUGCUGGAAAAGGGUAUCGAAAUCACAAAAAAUACUACUCGCCUUACUCCUCUACCUGACAUUGUAUUUAGUAGUAUCGUACGCCUUAACUCCGGCGGUAAAAAUCUCAUUUCUAAGUGAAGAGUUCCGCUUUGGAGACAAAUACGUGAUAAUGUUCCUCGAGGCGCCAAGAACACCUGUUUUUUUAGACACGGAAGGGGCUGAUGUAUUUAGUUCGCGACAGUGUGGAAAGUGUUUCAUAACAAAUAAUAUAGGUUUUCUGCCAAAAAGUGAGUACGAUGCUAUUCUGGUGUACGGGGAACAAACUCUUCUGUCUCAGACAGAAGCUUUCAUGGAUCCAGAGAAGAGAUACAUCAUCGAGACUAAACCACGUUGUCUUUGGAGGAAAUUUAAGGGCUGUGCACAUCAACCGAAAGUGACUUCUUAUAGUACUAGAGAGACGUUUGACUUGUGUGGACUGUGCCAGCGGUUACAGGCCAAAAGGGCCUUGUUGACUUUGUGA